AUGUCAACUGUUUUCAAGGCUGAGGCCAAGGACACCACAGCACCAGUAAGGAUUGUGGCUCUCAAGGUGACCUACCCAGCAAUGAUGACACCGCCCCACAACUCGGAGAGAGAAGCUCGACUCCUGGUUGAGGCUCGUCAUGAAAAUGUCGUUCCCCUCCUGGAAACGGUUCACGAAUCUCGAGGUCGAUUAAUUCUCGUCUUUCCCUUCUUGCGGCAAGAUCUGGAAAAUUUGCUCGGGUCGGGAAGGCUGGACAAACGCCAAGCCAGUAUGGUAUUCCAAGGUCUCUUCAGAGCUCUUGAACAUAUUCACGCUUUGGGCAUAAUACAUAGAGACGUGAAGCCUUCGAACAUACUGCUCAAGUCCAUGGACGGCCCCGUCUAUCUUGCAGAUUUUGGGAUUGCGUGGUCUCCGGACGACGAAGACUCUGAGCCAGCUGAUUCCAAGAUCACUGACGUCGGCACGACAUGUUAUAGACCACCUGAACUGCUCUUCGGGCAUCGAUACUACGACACUUCAUUGGAUAUCUGGGCCGCAGGAUGUGUCGUUGCGGAGAUGAUCAGGAACGGCCACGAACCAAUCUUUGAUGCAGGACCUCUAGGAAGCGAGCUAGGGCUGAUCAAGUCCAUGUUCACCACGCUCGGCACACCAGAUGAUGAAAGCUGGCCUUCAGCCAAAAGGUAUCCUGACUGGGGAAAGAUGCGAUUCCAGUCCUUUCCCGCUAAAUCGUGGAAAGAAAUCCUUCCGGGUGCCACAGAGCAGGGAAUCGAUUUCGUCAGCAAGACUGUUUGCUAUGAAAGCACUCGCAGGUUGACUGCUAAGCAGGCUCUUGAACACGAGCUAGCUUCCACGAUUGGACGAAGGUAA